CGAGCUCGAAUUCGAACUCGGCUUGAGUCGGUCCUUUUGCCCGCUCCAUCUUGCUGUCGAAAAAACCCUCGACUUUGUGCUUGAGUUUGUGCUUUGUGCUACAUGUCGUGGUUCUCCCUCCGAGCUGGUCUUUUUCGCAGCACGAAUCGCACCAUCACAAGCUACUACUAUUCAAGGCGGGGCUUUGCAACAAUCAACAACACCAUGGCUGGCACUCGCGAUCCCACCACCCUGUCCAACUACGGCGCUUGGCGCACAAGGCACACCACCGCCAACUUCAACAUUGACUUUGAGAAUAAGCGCCUCAAGGGAUCCGUUGUGCUGCAGCUGGAGAGCCAGACCGACAAGGAGAGCAAGGAGAUCAUCCUCGACUCGCGCUUCGUCAACGUCUCGUCCGUCAACGUCAACGAUGCUGCGUCCAAGUGGGAGCUGAAGCCUCACUCGGAUCCCUUUGGAGCGCCGCUGCAUGUGCAGGUUCCCGAUGGCGCGGCCAAGGGCGACAUCGUCAACCUGGCCAUUGAGCUGGAGACGACCAGCAAGUGCACUGCCCUUCAGUGGCUGACGCCCGCUCAGACGUCCAACAAGAAGCACCCGUACAUGUUCUCUCAGUGCCAGGCCAUCAAUGCUCGCUCCAUCUUCCCCUGCCAGGACACUCCUGAUGUCAAGUCCACCGUCAGCUUCAAGUUCACGUCCACUCUCCCUGUUGUUGCCAGCGGUGUUCCUGUUGGUGACCACACUGCCACUCCCGGCGUGGAGAAGGUCUAUGAGUUUGAGCAAAAGGUCCCAAUUCCGUCGUACCUGUUCGCAGUUGCCUCUGGUGAUAUCGUUGCUGCCCCCAUUGGCUCCCGCAGCAAGGUUGUUACCGGCCCCAAUGAGCUCAAGGGCUGCCAAUGGGAGCUCGAGCGAGACAUGGAGAAGUUCCUGGAAAUCGCCGAGAGCAUCGUCUUCCCUUACAAGUGGGGAGAGUACAAUGUGCUCGUUCUGCCCCCCAGCUUCCCCUAUGGAGGCAUGGAGAACCCUAUCUACACUUUUGCUACCCCCACCAUCAUCAGCGGCGACAGGCAGAACGUCGACGUCAUUGCUCACGAGCUUGCCCACAGCUGGAGCGGUAACCUUGUAUCCAACGCCAGCUGGGAGCACUUCUGGCUGAAUGAAGGCUGGACCGUGUACCUGGAGCGACGAAUUGAGGCUGCUGUCCACGGCGAGCCCCAGUUUGACUUUUCAUCCAUCAUUGGAUGGAAGGCCCUCGAGGACGCCGUUGCACACUUUGGCAAGGACCACGAGUACACCAAGCUCAUUAUUAGCCACGACAACGUGGACCCUGAGGAUGUCUACAGCACUGUUGCUUAUGAGAAGGGCUUCCACUUCCUUUACUACUUGGAUCGCCUCGUUGGCCGAGACAACUUCAACAAGUUUAUCCCCCACUACUUCACAAAGUGGGCUGGCAAGUCUCUGGACUCGUUUGAGUUCCGGGAUACCUUUGUAGACUUCUUCAACAACCUGGGUGACGAAGAGGUCAAGCAGAAGGUGGCCACCAUCGACUGGGAGAGCAAAUUCUAUACCCCUGGCUUGCCUCCUAAGCCCGAGUUUGACACCACCCUUGCUAACCAAUGUUAUGAGUUGGCUGAGAAGUGGAAAGAUGCUUCUUAUGAGCCCAGUGCCAAGGAUGUCGAAUCCUUCUCCUCCAACCAGAAGAUUGUUUUCCUCGAGAAGCUGCAGCAGUUUGAGCCUCUGAGCACCGAGCGAGCCCAGCUCCUCGGCAGCGCUUACGAUCUCCUAAACACCCAGAACGUUGAGCUCAAGUUUGCCUACCUCCAAAUCGCCCUCAAGGCCAACGACAACACCAGCUACCAGAAGACCGCCGAUUUGCUCGGAAAGGUCGGCCGCAUGAAGUUUGUUCGACCCUUGUUCCGCUCCCUGAACAAGGUUGAUCGCAGCCUUGCCCUGGAGACCUUUGCCAAGAACAAGGAAUUCUACCACCCCAUCUGCAGGGGUAUGGUGGAAAAGGAUCUGGGUGUCUAAUUGCCUCCUAUUUAUAGCAAAGAAGUAAAAAAAGAAGAGAAAAGAAGGACGUGGAACUCUUUUUUUCACCCAUACGCGUAGUAUACCUUGCCGUGAUACCAUGUCUAUUUUGCAAUAUACGUGACGAUUACUACUAGUUACUCUAGCCAAUAUGAGGCCUUCAUGCCUUCCGACCACUUUUGCCCCUCUUUCCUCUCAAAUUUCUCCAAGCUCUGGACAUCUGCUGCGCCAAAGUUGCCGUACAAAUGCGGGAACCCGUCUUCCCAUUUCAGCGGGUCCGCCAGCUUUGCCAGCUCAAGCUUGAUGAGCCACAGCUCAGUCGCCUCAGUAAAGAACAAGUCGGCCGU